AACCUGACAGCGGGGACGAGGCGACGGCGAGCGCGAGGAAAUGGCGGCGGGGGCAGCGGCGCCGGGCGGCUCCGGGAGGCCUGGGCUGUGACGCGCGCGCCGGAGCGGGGUCCGAUGGUUCUCGAAGGCCCGCGGCGCCCCGUGCUGCAGGUUACCUAGGGUAUGAAUUAAUACAGACUUGGAAACUCUGAAAGAACUUAGAAUCAGCAUUUUGAGGUAAAUAUGUACAUGCUAAAGUAGUGUUAAGGUUGCCCCAGUUUGCUUUGUUGACUUUUUGGCAAAACAGAUUUGUGUAUGAAGUGAGAAUUUUAACCUCCAUGAGCAUGUCAUUUAAAGGACUGGCACUAGUAAAAAGAGACCACUGCUGAUUUGUUUUUUCUGAGCUUAUGAUAAUGAAAGCAAUGCAGAAGGUUCAGACCUGAGCGCAAACCCAAGUCUGGUGUCAAAUCUAGCAAAAUCAGUAUUUGUUUAUCAAAUUAAGCCUUCUGUAUCUACAUUUAUGCUUUCUUAGUUUUUGAUUCAUAAUCUCUUUUAGAGCCACCCCAGAUUUAAAUUUCUGCCUAACAUUAACAGUUAACAGUAUUCUUGAAUUCUUUUAUUCAUAUGUGAAUUCUGUAAAAAUUUGUAGUGUAGAUGUAACUGUUCAUUGAGUUUGUAUUUUUGAUUUUAUUUUGGGAAAUUAGAAUUGCCAAUGGAUUUCAUACUUUUAUUAAAGACUUGCUACUGGGUUAUUUGGAUUUUGCAGCCAAGUACCUCAUCUGGUGAUCUUCUUUAUUUCCUUUAUAUAUGUGAAUUUAGGAAAUAACACCUAAUUUGUUUCAUUUUUCUAUACAGUACUCUCUUUAGACUUUAUUUACUUUGUUUGAUUUCCUUUUUAGUACUGAAAUCAGUUUUUGAACCUGGCUCUAGCUUUUUAUUUCUCCCAGAUCUCUGGGAAUUAGACAUGCUAUUGUUGUAGCUUAUGCUCGUGUUCUUUGUUUUAGGGUAAGCCUUGGUAUCCUAAAAUAAUCUAAAUGUCUUUUGUUUAAAAUUUAAUUCAAAAUAAUGGCCUUUUAUUCAACUCUUCAUAUCAGUAGGGCUCUCUUAUAGAUGUGUUUCUGUUCAGUUAACAGGAAUCUUAAACUUGGCUAUUUUUGCAUUUAUUUUUAGAGCAGAAGCUUGGGCAUGCUGUGAUUUUCCAAUAAACUGCUAUCACAAUGUCAAAAUGCAGUUCAGACAACAGCAACACAGAGAUCUCAAACAUUAAAACGUAAGCUGUGCUAGAACAAAAAUGCAAUGAAAGAAACACUGGAUGAAUGAAAAGCCCUGCUUUGCAGCCCCUCAGCAUGGCAGGCCUGCAGCUCAUGACCCCUGCUUCCUCACCAAUGGGUCCUUUCUUUGGACUGCCAUGGCAACAAGAAGCAAUUCAUGAUAACAUUUAUACGCCAAGAAAAUAUCAGGUUGAACUGCUGGAAGCAGCUCUGGAUCAUAAUACCAUCGUCUGUUUAAACACUGGCUCAGGGAAGACAUUUAUUGCAGUACUACUCACUAAAGAGCUGUCCUAUCAGAUCAGGGGAGACUUCAACAGACACGGAAAAAGGACGGUGUUCUUGGUCAACUCUGCAAACCAGGUUGCUCAACAAGUGUCAGCUGUCAGAACUCAUUCAGAUCUCAAGGUUGGGGAAUACUCAAACCUAGAAGUAAAUGGAUCUUGGACAAAAGAGAGAUGGAACCAAGAGUUUACUAAGCACCAGGUUCUCAUUAUGACUUGCUAUGUCGCCUUGAAUGUUUUGAAAAAUGGUUACUUAUCACUGUCAGACAUUAACCUUUUGGUGUUUGAUGAGUGUCAUCUUGCAAUCCUAGAUCAUCCCUAUCGAGAAAUUAUGAAGCUCUGUGAAAAUUGUCCAUCAUGUCCUCGCAUUUUGGGACUAACUGCUUCCAUUUUAAAUGGGAAAUGUGAUCCAGAGGAAUUGGAAGAAAAGAUUCAGAAACUAGAGAAAAUUCUUAAGAGUAAUGCUGAAACUGCAACUGACCUGGUGGUCUUAGACAGGUAUACUUCUCAGCCAUGUGAGAUUGUGGUAGAUUGUGGACCAUUUACUGACAGAAGUGGGCUUUAUGAAAGACUGCUCAUGGAAUUAGAAGAAGCACUUAAUUUUAUCAAUGACUGUAAUAUAUCUGUUCAUUCAAAAGAAAGAGAUUCUACUUUAAUUUCAAAACAGAUACUAUCAGACUGUCGUGCAGUAUUGGUAGUUCUGGGACCCUGGUGUGCAGAUAAAGUAGCUGGAAUGAUGGUAAGAGAACUACAGAAAUACAUCAAACAUGAGCAAGAGGAGCUGCACAGGAAAUUUUUAUUGUUUACAGACACUUUCCUAAGGAAAAUACAUGCACUAUGUGAAGAGCACUUCUCACCUGCCUCACUUGACCUGAAAUUUGUAACUCCUAAAGUCAUAAAACUGCUCGAAAUCUUACGUAAAUAUAAACCAUAUGAGCGACAGCAGUUUGAAAGCGUUGAGUGGUAUAAUAAUAGGAAUCAGGAUAAUUAUGUGUCAUGGAGUGAUUCUGAGGAUGAUGAUGAGGAUGAAGAAAUUGAAGAAAAAGAGAAGCCAGAAACAAAUUUCCCUUCUCCAUUUACCAACAUUUUAUGCGGAAUUAUUUUUGUGGAAAGAAGAUACACAGCAGUUGUCUUAAACAGAUUGAUAAAGGAAGCUGGCAAACAAGAUCCAGAGCUGGCUUAUAUCAGCAGCAAUUUUAUAACUGGACAUGGCAUUGGGAAGAAUCAGCCUCGCAACAAGCAGAUGGAAGCAGAAUUCAGAAAACAGGAAGAGGUACUUAGGAAAUUUCGAGCACAUGAAACCAACCUGCUUAUUGCAACAAGUAUUGUAGAAGAGGGUGUUGAUAUACCAAAAUGCAACUUGGUGGUUCGUUUUGAUUUGCCCACAGAAUAUCGAUCCUAUGUUCAGUCUAAAGGAAGAGCAAGGGCACCCAUCUCUAAUUAUAUAAUGUUAGCAGAUACAGACAAAAUAAAAAGUUUUGAAGAAGACCUUAAAACCUACAAAGCUAUCGAAAAGAUCUUGAGAAACAAGUGUUCCAAGUCGGUUGAUACUGGUGAGACUGACAUUGAUCCUGUUGUGGAUGAUGAUGACAUUUUCCCACCAUAUGUGUUGAGGCCUGACGAUGGUGGGCCACGAGUCACAAUCAACACUGCCAUUGGACAUAUCAAUAGAUACUGUGCUAGAUUACCAAGUGAUCCGUUUACUCAUCUAGCUCCUAAAUGCAGGACCCGAGAGUUGCCUGAUGGUACAUUUUAUUCAACUCUUUACCUGCCAAUUAAUUCACCUCUUCGAGCCUCCAUUGUUGGUCCACCAAUGAGCUGUGUACGAUUGGCUGAAAGAGUUGUAGCUCUCAUUUGCUGUGAAAAACUGCACAAAAUUGGCGAACUGGAUGACCAUUUGAUGCCAGUUGGGAAAGAGACUGUUAAGUAUGAAGAAGAGCUUGAUUUGCAUGAUGAAGAAGAGACCAGUGUUCCAGGAAGACCAGGUUCCACAAAACGAAGGCAGUGCUACCCAAAAGCAAUUCCAGAGUGUUUGAGGGAUAGUUAUCCCAAACCUGAUCAGCCCUGUUACCUGUAUGUGAUAGGAAUGGUUUUAACUACACCUUUACCUGAUGAACUCAACUUUAGAAGGCGGAAACUCUAUCCUCCUGAAGAUACCACAAGAUGCUUUGGAAUACUGACAGCCAAACCCAUACCUCAGAUUCCACACUUUCCUGUGUACACACGCUCUGGAGAGGUUACCAUAUCCAUUGAGUUGAAGAAGUCUGGUUUCAUGUUGUCUCUACAAAUGCUUGAGUUGAUUACAAGACUUCACCAGUAUAUAUUCUCACAUAUUCUUCGGCUUGAAAAACCUGCACUAGAAUUUAAACCUACAGACGCUGAUUCAGCUUACUGUGUUCUACCUCUAAAUGUUGUUAAUGACUCCAGCACUUUGGAUAUUGACUUUAAAUUCAUGGAAGAUAUUGAGAAGUCUGAAGCUCGCAUAGGCAUUCCCAGUACAAAGUAUUCAAAAGAAACACCCUUUGUUUUUAAAUUAGAAGAUUACCAAGAUGCAGUUAUCAUUCCAAGAUAUCGCAAUUUUGAUCAGCCUCAUCGAUUUUAUGUAGCUGAUGUGUACACUGAUCUUACACCACUCAGUAAAUUUCCUUCCCCUGAGUAUGAAACUUUUGCAGAAUAUUAUAAAACAAAGUAUAACCUUGACCUAACCAAUCUCAACCAGCCACUGCUGGAUGUGGACCACACAUCUUCAAGACUUAAUCUUUUGACACCUCGACAUUUGAAUCAAAAGGGGAAAGCUCUUCCUUUAAGCAGUGCUGAGAAGAGGAAAGCCAAAUGGGAAAGUCUGCAGAAUAAACAGAUACUGGUUCCAGAGCUCUGUGCUAUACAUCCGAUUCCAGCGUCACUGUGGAGAAAAGCAGUUUGUCUCCCCAGCAUACUUUACCGCCUUCACUGCCUUUUGACUGCAGAGGAGCUAAGAGCCCAGACUGCCAGCGAUGCUGGUGUGGGAGUUAGAUCACUUCCUGCAGAUUUUAGAUACCCUAACUUAGACUUCGGGUGGAAAAAAUCUAUCGACAGCAAGUCUUUCAUCUCAAUUUCUAACUCCUCUUCAGCUGAAAAUGAUAAUUACUGUAAGCACAGCACAAUUGUCCCUGAAAAUGCUGCACAUCAAGGUGCUAAUAGAACCUCUUCUCCAGAAAAUCAUGACCAAAUGUCUGUGAACUGCAGAAUGUUGCUCAGCGAGUCCCCUGGUAAGCUCCAUGUGGAAGUUUCAGCAGAUCUUACAGCAAUUAAUGGUCUUUCUUACAAUCAAAAUCUUGCCAAUGGCAGUUAUGAUUUAGCUAACAGAGACUUUUGCCAAGGAAAUCAGCUGAAUUACUACAAGCAGGAAAUACCCGUGCAACCAACUACCUCAUAUUCCAUUCAGAAUUUAUACCAUUAUGAGAACCAGCCCCAGCCCAGUGAUGAAUGUACUCUCCUGAGUAAUAAAUACCUUGAUGGAAAUGCUAACAAAUCUACCUCAGAUGGAAGUCCCAUGAUGGCCGUAAUCCCUGGUACGACAGACGCUAUUCAAGUGCUCAAGGGCAGGAUGGAUUCUGAGCAGAGCCCUUCUCUUGGGUACUCCUCAAGGACUCUUGGCCCCAAUCCUGGACUUAUUCUUCAGGCUUUGACUCUGUCAAACGCUAGUGAUGGAUUUAACCUGGAGCGGCUUGAAAUGCUUGGCGACUCCUUUUUAAAGCAUGCCAUCACCACAUAUCUAUUUUGCACUUACCCUGAUGCUCAUGAGGGCCGCCUUUCAUAUAUGAGAAGCAAAAAGGUCAGCAACUGUAAUCUGUAUCGCCUUGGAAAAAAGAAGGGACUGCCCAGCCGCAUGGUGGUGUCAAUAUUUGAUCCCCCUGUGAAUUGGCUUCCUCCUGGUUAUGUAGUAAAUCAAGACAAAAGCAACACAGAUAAAUGGGAAAAAGAUGAAAUGACAAAAGACUGCAUGCUGGCGAAUGGCAAACUGGAUGAGGACUACGAGGAGGAGGAUGAGGAGGAGGAGAGCCUGAUAUGGAGGGCUCCGAAGGAGGAGGCUGACUGUGAGGAUGAUUUCCUGGAGUACGAUCAGGAACAUAUUAGAUUUAUAGAUAACAUGUUAAUGGGGUCAGGAGCUUUUGUAAAGAAAAUCUCUCUUUCUCCUUUUUCAACCACUGAUUCUGCAUAUGAAUGGAAAAUGCCCAAAAAAUCCUCCUUAGGUAGUAUGCCAUUUUCAUCAGAUUUUGAGGAUUUUGACUAUAGCUCUUGGGAUGCAAUGUGCUAUCUGGAUCCGAGCAAAGCUGUUGAAGAAGAUGACUUUGUGGUGGGGUUCUGGAAUCCAUCAGAAGAAAACUGUGGUGUUGACACGGGAAAGCAGUCCAUUUCUUACGACUUGCACACUGAGCAGUGUAUUGCUGACAAAAGCAUAGCGGACUGUGUGGAAGCCCUGCUGGGCUGCUAUUUAACCAGCUGUGGGGAGAGGGCUGCUCAGCUUUUCCUCUGUUCUUUGGGGCUGAAGGUGCUCCCGGUAAUUAAAAGGACUGAUCGGGAAAAGGCCCUGUGCCCUACUCGGGAGAAUUUCAACAGCCAACAAAAGAACCUUUCAGUGAGCUGUGCUGCUGCUUCUGUGGCCAGUUCACGCUCUUCUGUAUUGAAAGACUUGGAAUAUGGUUGUUUGAAGAUUCCACCAAGAUGUAUGUUUGAUCAUCCAGAUGCAGAUAAAACACUGAAUCACCUUAUAUCGGGGUUUGAAAAUUUUGAAAAGAAAAUCAACUACAGAUUCAAGAAUAAGGCUUACCUUCUCCAGGCUUUUACACAUGCCUCCUACCACUACAAUACUAUCACUGAUUGUUACCAGCGCUUAGAAUUCCUGGGAGAUGCGAUUUUGGACUACCUCAUAACCAAGCACCUUUAUGAAGACCCGCGGCAGCACUCCCCGGGUGUCCUGACGGACCUGCGGUCUGCCCUGGUCAACAACACCAUCUUUGCAUCGCUGGCUGUAAAGUAUGACUACCACAAGUACUUCAAAGCUGUCUCUCCUGAGCUCUUCCAUGUCAUCGAUGACUUUGUGCAGUUUCAGCUUGAGAAGAACGAAAUGCAAGGAAUGGAUUCUGAGCUUAGGAGAUCUGAGGAGGAUGAAGAAAAAGAAGAGGAUAUUGAAGUUCCAAAGGCCAUGGGGGAUAUUUUUGAGUCACUUGCUGGUGCCAUUUACAUGGAUAGUGGGAUGUCACUGGAGACAGUCUGGCAGGUGUACUAUCCCAUGAUGCGGCCACUAAUAGAAAAGUUUUCUGCAAAUGUACCCCGUUCCCCUGUGCGAGAAUUGCUUGAAAUGGAACCAGAAACUGCCAAAUUUAGCCCAGCUGAGAGAACUUACGACGGGAAGGUCAGAGUUACCGUGGAAGUAGUAGGAAAGGGGAAAUUUAAAGGUGUUGGUCGAAGUUACAGGAUUGCCAAAUCUGCAGCAGCAAGAAGAGCCCUCCGAAGCCUCAAAGCUAAUCAACCUCAGGUUCCCAACAGCUGAAACCCCUUUUUAAAUCCAAAACAAAAAAAAUUAAGGGGAAAAUUAUUUAAAUAGGAAAGGAUGACUUAAAGUUGAUUUUGAGCAGAAAGAGUUGAAGGCAGAAUUUAACGUUUCUUUAAUAACAAGAUAGAUAACAGAAUAAAACAUUUAACAUAUGUAUAAAAUUUUGGAACUAAUUGUAGUUUUAGUUUUUUGCGCAAACACAAUCUUAUCUUCUUUCUUCACUUCUGCUUUGUUUAAAUCACAAGAGUGCUUUAAUGAUGACAUUUAGCAAGUGUUCAAAAUAAUUGACAGGUUUUUGUUGGCUUUUUUUUUUUCAGUGUAAUUUAUGUCAGCUUUUAUUAGUGUUAGAAGGCCGUGGAGCUUAAACCUCCAGCAGUCUCUAGGAUGAUGUAGAUUCUUCUCCAGCUCUCCAUGUGUGCAGUAGUGCCAGUCCUGCAGUAGUUGAUAAGCUGAAUAGAAUAAGGUUUUCGAGAGAAGUGCGCCAAUGUUGUCUUUUCUUUCCACAUUAUACUGUGUAAGGUGAUGUUCCUGGUCGCUGUUGCACCUGAUAGUAAGGGACAGAUUUUUAAUGAACAUUGACUGGCAUGUUGGUGAAUCACAGUUUAGUUUUCCGAUGCCACAUAGUCUUGCAUAAAAAAGGUUCUUGCCUUAAAAGUAAAACCUUCAUGGAUAUUCUUUAAUCUCUGAUCUUUUUGGAACAAACUGUUUUACAUUCCCUUCAUUUUCUUAUGUAUUAGACGUUAAGACAGCGUGAUACUUACAACUCACUAGUGUAGUUGUAACUUAUUGCAAGAUCAUACUAAAAUUUCUGUCAUAUGUGUACUGAAGUCAUUUUAAAAACCAGAAUAGGUAGUCUAUGGAUAUUUUUUAUCAUAAAAAUGACCUUUGACUAACUACCCCAUUUUACUAAAGACCUCCUGCUAGGUAGUUCCACUGAUGGAAAUGUUUAUGGCAAAUAAUUUUGCCUUGCAGGCUGUUGCUCUAACAAAAUAAACCUUAGACAUAUCACACCUAAAAUAUGCUGCAGAUUUUAUAAUUGAUUGGUUACUUAUUUAAAGAAGCAGAACAGAGCACCUUUACCCUUAGUCUCCUCACAUAAAUUUCUUACUGUACUUUUCAUAAUGUUGCAUGCAUAUUUCACCUACCAAAGCUGUGCUGUUAAUGCCAUGAACGUUUAACGUUUGCGAUAAACUGCCAUAAUUUUGAUACGUGGUUUAGGUCGUUAAUUUAGAUAAACUAGCUCAUUAUUUCCAUCUUUGGAAAAGGAAAAAAAAAAAACUUUUUUAGGCAUUUGCCUAAGUUUCUUUAAUUAGACUUGUAGGCACUCUUCACUUAAAUACCUCAGUUCUUCUUUUCUUUUGCAUGCGUUUUCCCCUGUUUGGUGCUAUGUUUAUGUAUUAUGCUUGAAAUUUAAAUUUUUUUUUUUUGCACUGUAACUAUAAUACCUCUUAAUUUACCUUUUAAAAAGCUGUGGGUCAGUCUUGCACUCCCAUCAACAUACCAGUAGAGGUUUGCUGCAAUUAAUUGCCCUGUUAAUUAUGCUUGAAAUUUAAGAAAGCUGAGCAAAGGUGUCUCAUAGUUUCCAGCACAUGAUUCUGAAAUUGAUGCUUUGUGGAAUGCUGCAUUUAUGUGUAAGUGACAUUUGAAUACUGUCCUUCCUGCUUUAUCUGCAUCAUCCACCCACAGAGAAAUGCCUCUCUGCAAGUGCACCCACAGAAAACUGUCAGCUCUGCUUUCUAAGGAACCCUGAGUGAGGGGGAUAUUGAGCUCCUCCAGUGUUUUUUGUGGUCUCCAAUCUUAAACUUAAAUUGAGAUCUAAAUUAUUAAAUGAGUUUUUGAGCAAAUUAGUUUAGGUGACUUGUUUUAAAAAUAUUUAAUUCUGAUUUGGAACCUUAGAUGUCUAUUUGAGUUUUUAAAACACCUUAAUGUAAGAUAUGGCCAGUUAAAACAAAGCAAUUCUUGAAUAUAACUGUAAAAAUAUACAGUUAACAAGUAAGGCUGGAUGUGAAUUUUAUGGUGAGGGUGAUUUGUGAUCAAGUUUAAUCACAAAUCUCUUAAUAUUUAUAAACUACCUGAUGCCAGGAGCUGAGGACUUUGCAUUGUGUCUGAUGCAUGUAUCCCAUUGUUACGGGAUUCUUUUGAUUCCUGGCACCAAAAUCAGAUUGUUUUCACAGUGAUGAUUCCCAGUGGAAGAAAAAUGCCUCAAUAUAUUUGUAACCUUAAGAAGAAUAUUUUUUUGUUAGUACUAAAAUGUUCUGACUUAGACAUGAUUAGGUCAUACAUUCUCAGGGGUUCAAAUUUCCUUCUACCAUUCAAAAUGUUUUAUCAACAGCAAACUUUAGCUGUUUCACUUUUUGUUGGAGAAAAAUAGUAGUGGAUUUUAAUUUGACUCACAGUUUGAAGCAUUCUAUGAUCCCCUGGUUACUAAGUUAAAAAACAAAAAAGUAUGAGUGAGACAUAUGAAAUGGUUAUGAAUGCUUUUGUGCUGCUGAUUUUUAAUGCUGUAAAGUUUUCCUCUGUUUAGCUUGUUGAAAUGUUUUGCAUCUGUCAAUUAAGAAAAAGAAGUCACUCUAUGUUGCCCCACUGUACAACCCUAUAUGCCAUCCUUCUGUUCCUGUGAUUGCAAUGUGAGACCGAAUGUAGUAUGGAAAACCUUCCUGUGGGGUGUGGUUAUGCUCUGAGCACAUGUGUAAAGGACUGGGGAGGCGUAUCUUGAAAAAGCAACUGCAGAAAUUCCUUAUGAGGAUUGUGUGCAAGUUAGUUGACAUAAACCUUCAUUUGUAAAAUUUUUAAAAUUUCUUUUAUAAUAUACUUUCCGCAGUCCUAACUAUGCUGCGUUUUAUAAUAGCUUUUUCCCUUCUGUUCUGUUCAUGUAGCACAGAUAAGCAUUGCACUUGGUACCAUGCUUUACCUCAUUUCAAGAAAAUAUGCUUAACAGAGAGGAAAAAAAUGUGGUUUGGCCUUGCUGCUGUUUUGAUUUAUGGAAUUUGAAAAAGAUAAUUAUGAUGCCUGCAAUGUGUCAUAUACUCGCACAACUUAAAUAGGUCAUUUUUGUCUGUGGCAUUUUUACUGUUCGUGAAAGUAUGAAAAAGAUUUGUUAACUGAACUCUUAAUUAUGUUUUUAAAAUGUUUGUUACAUUUCUUUCUUUUUUCAUUUAUAUUAUGUGAAGUGAUGAAAUUUAGAAUGACCUCUAACACUCCUGUAAUUGUCUUUUAAUAUACUGAUAUUUUUAUUUGUUAAUAAUACUUUGCCCUCAGAAAGACUCUGAUACCCUGCCUUGACAACACAAAGCUUGCGGCUGCUUUGGUUCAUGAAUCCAGGUGUUCACCUGGCAGUCAGCUCCUUCAGUGGCUCACUGGAGGCAGGUGGGGACUUCAGAGGCCCCCUGGAAUCCAGACCAAGCGCAGUUCAUGCACAAGGCCCCGGUGAUUUAAAACAUUGGAUCUUGCUCUGUUAGGGUGUCUAAUCCCUUUACACAAAAUUUAAGCCACCAAACUGAGACCUUGAUACCUUUUUUAAACUGCAUCUGAAAUGAUGUUAAGAGUCCUUAACCCAUUUGCGUUAUCUGCAGAAGAGAAACUCAUAUCGUGUUUAUUACCUCUAUGGUUGUUUUAAUUACAUUUGAAUAAUUGUAUUUUUCCAACCACUGAUUACUUUUCAGGAAUUUAAUUAUUUCCAGAUAAAUUUCCUUAUUUUAUAUUGUACAUGAAAAGUUUUAAAGAUACGUUUAAGACCAAGACUAUUAAAAUGAUUUUAAAAGUUGUUGGAGACACCAAUAGCAAUAUCUAGAAAAUGUGCAUUGAGACCAUUGUAUUUUCCACUAGCAGCGAAAGUGAUUUUUCACAACUAACUUGUAAAUAUAUUUUAAUCAUUACUUGUUUUUUUUUUUCUAGUCCAUUUUUAUUUGGACAUCAACCACAGACAAUUUAAAUUUUAUAGAUGCACUAAGAAUUCACUGCAGCAGCAGGUUACUUAGCAAAAAUGCAAAGGUGAACAGGAAGUAAAUUUCUGGCUUUUCUGCUGUAAAUAGUGAAGUAAAAUUACUAAAAUCAAGUAAAACUAAUGCAUAUAAUUUGAUUGACAGUAAAAUAUUUACCAUCACAUGCUGCAGCUGUUUUUUAAGGAACAUGAUGUCAUUAAUUCAUACAGUAAUCGUGCUGCAGAAAUUUGCAGUCUGCACCUUAUGGAUCACAAUUACCUUUAGUUGUUUUUUUUUGUAAUAAUUGUAGCCAAGUAAAUCUCCAAUAAAGUUAUCGUCUGUUCA